AUGCCUGGCCCCCCGCCCCAGGACACCCCGCGCCUCACUGAUAUUGGGGUGGGCUGCCCCCCAGAGCUGAAUGUGAAGCACCGCGACAUCCCGCCCCAGGACGCCCGCCGGUGGACGCUCCAGGCCGCUCCGGCCUCGGCCUUAGCCCUGGAGCUGCACAGGCUGGGGCACCACAUACCCAGCAAGGCCCUGGCCGGGCAGCAGCCUCAGGCCUGCUCCCGGCCUGUGGCCCCCUGCACCCCGCAGCAGUACAGCCGGCUCAACUCCUCCAGCCAGACCAACAGCCUCAAGGACCUGCUGCAGAGCAAGAUCGACGACCUGGAGAGGCAGGUGCUGUCCAGGGUGAAUUCGCUGGAGGAGGGCAAGGGGGGCCCCAAGAACGACACGGAGGAGAGGGUCAAGAUCGAGAGCGCCCUGACCUCGCUGCACCAGCGCAUCAGCGAGCUGGAGAAAGGCCAGAAGGACAGCCGCCCCGGGGACAAGUUCCAGCUCACGUUCCCGCUGCGGACCAACUACAUGUACGCCAAGGUGAAGAGGAGCCUGCCCGAGAUGUACGCCUUCACCGUGUGCAUGUGGCUCAAGUCCAGCGCCGCGCCCGGCGUGGGCACGCCCUUCUCCUACGCGGUGCCCGGCCAGGCCAAUGAGCUGGUCCUCAUCGAGUGGGGCAACAACCCCAUGGAGAUCCUCAUCAACGACAAGGUGGGCCUCCGCGGGGCUGUGGGCCGCCGGGGGGCCGUCAGUGGCAGAGGCCCCAACCCCGUGGAGGGCAGCCUGUCCCUCCGGGAGCCUCCCCCACCUCGGCCUCCGUAG